AUGGCGCUGGCUACUAAUCUUCAACCGCUGGCUUAUGCCGUGGCCUACGUUACCUUCUUUCUGGGCACCACCUCGACCUUUCUGAGGUUUUACAGUCGUUACGUCGAUGAGAGUCUGAGGAAAUGGAGACGGGAUGACUACUUCGCUGUGGUGGUUUUCAUCUUCAGUGUCGCUCAGCAGGGUGUCUUGCACAUGUUCCUCUACUGGGGAUGCGGGCUACAUAUGGACGCUCUUAAUACCUUCCAACAACUGGAAAUUGUCAAGUGGCUCUUUGUCGAGGAGAUAGUCUACUACUCCGUACAUUGGGUUAUGAAAUCCGCCUUUCUCUUCUUUUACCUCCGGCUUGCGCGGGAGAGUGCCGAGUUUAGCUAUGCUGUCUACGCUGGCCUUGGUCUUAACACAAUCAACAUCGGCCUAGACAUGUACAUCCUCCUUCUCCCCAUCGCCAUGCUCUGGAACUGCCAAAUCAGCUUCCGCAAAAAGAUCGCCGUCCUCAGCGUCCUCACCUUCGGCAGCAUCUCCGUCAUCAUCGCCACCUUCCGCCUCAUUCCACUCCUCGAAUUGGGAUCUCAAUCUGACGAACCCAUUGACACAUCCUGGGUUCUCGGCAAAAUGAUCAUCAUCGCCGCCCUCGAAACGCAAUUCGCCAUUGUCGCCGUCAACCUCCCUUCUCUCAAGAAACUCUGCACCAACUUCACCGGAGAAGAGAGUCUCGUCGAGGAACCGCAGAACUUGAGGUGGAAAGCGAAGAAAUUGACGAGCCAAUGCAGCGACGACUCUGACGACGACGAAUUCUACGUCUCGGGUGGAAACGGACGCGGAUACCAUUGGCGCAAGAGCAAGGCUAGCUCGCAUACCAGUUUCCGGACAAGCAUCGCACCCAGUUUCGCUACGGAUGAGGAAUCGCUUCAGGCUAGUGUUGCUGUUGCGCUUCCGGUGCUGUGGGUCAAGUCGAAUGUUCAGACGGUGAGGGUGGGUAGGGGGCAUGUGAGCAGAGGGCAUGUGGUUAGGAGUCUGGUUAGAUGUAGUAUGGAGAGGGUUGAGGAUUGCUUCCCCAGAGGACACUUUUUGAGGACGUAUGGCAGGCCGGAGUCGAGGCGGCCAGAGAGUAGAUUGCCGACGUGUAUGGAAAUAUGA